AUGAUGAACAGGAGAAAUAAUAUUAUCUCAAACAUCAAAAAAUAUCCUAGAUACAAUAAUCAUAUAAUUAAAAGCUUUAUCACUGAAGAUAUUUCCACUUUAAAAAUGUACAAUAAAGGAAAGAAAGAGAUUUCAUUAAAUCCUUUUAUAAAAUUAAUCAUAUUUGUUCUUUUCAUUGUGAUGUUACAAUACUCUUGUAAUUUGGACUCUUGCAAAUUUUUGAGAAAAAGUAACUUAGAAAGCAUAUCACAUUUAGGAACUGAAAGAUCUCUAGCAGAAGGUGAAGAUAUAAAAAUUAUCCUUAUAAAGUUGUAUAUGCCAUUUUUUUACAAUAAGAUAUUUAAAAUUAUACUAAAAUGUAAAAAUAAUAUAUAUAUAUAUACACAUUUUUUUUGUAAGUUUUAUAAUUUUGCUCUUUUAAUUUAUGGUUAG